AUGGGAAGAAGCUCAAUCUUAAUCAGAUUGGAGCAGCUGUCCCAGCUACAGUUCCUGGAACUUCUCCAGCAACAAGUGUUAUCACUGGUGGAAACAUCGAGUGUUGCGGGAAGUGUUAACACACCUUUGCAACUUGCUGGUACUACAGGAAAUCAAAUGAUGCAAGUUCCUACAGGUAAUCAAAUGAUGCAAGUUCUCUCGGGAAUGCAGCUCAUGCAGAUUCCAACUCAAGGUGGCGGCACUGUUACUGUCCCUUACUCUAUGAAUGCUAACGGUGAAAUUGCGUUCAGUGGAAUACAACUCAGCCAACAAGGCUUCAGUGGUGCUCAAGUGCACCAAGGAUUUGAUGCAACUCAAGCUCAAACUCCGCAGGUCGUGAAGACUGGCUAUUUUGAUACGUCAAAUGUCUUUCACGAUGCUAUCAAGGGAAGGGAUGAGAAUGGCAACAAUGUCUAUCUUAUUCCAUGUCCUACUGGAACGACUAACGUCGAACUUCAAUCUGACUGGCACUAUGCUAGUGAAAGUGAAGAUUUGCCAGAUCUUGCUACUGAAGCAGAUCAAGGUAUGCAGUUUAUUCAAAGCCGCAGAAACAAAAGAGAUCCGUUUGGUUUGCUUGAUCACAUCAUCAUGGACAGUGGUUGCACAAACACCACCAUUUGUCAUGGUGAACUCAUGCAUGAACUACGCCAAGCUGAGAAAGAACUCGAUAUGCACACUAACGUGGGCAGCAGAGUUCUCGAUGAAGAAGGGUUUCUAGGACGAUUUCCGCCUCCAGUCUAUUAUGAUGAAGACGGAAUUGCCAAUGUACUUGCUAUGCGUGAGAUGAUUGCUGCAGGAUACCACAUUACCAUGGAUAUUUAUUUUGACAAUGCCUUUGUUGUUCAUUGCGAUGAAGACAGACAGAUGCAAUUUGUGAAUCGUAAGGGUGUAUAUGUGUUGGAGCAACUUGGAGCAGAUGUCAAAUCAGGUGCCAAAGAGACAAGUGCAAUGUAA